AUGACUUUUGGCGAAAUAGUGUCCCGGUUUGAGCAGCUUUUUGGGAAGGGCACACUCCAAAUAGCUUCACAGGUUGAGUUUAACUCUAUGACCCAGCAGGCGGAGGAAAGUUUAGAGCAGUGGAGCGAUCGUGUCAUGGAGACCGUACAACGUUCUCUAGGGGCGAGAGUCCCGGGACAAGUGCUCCAGGAGCAGGCAGUCCUGUGGUUUGCGAUGGGCUGUCAGGAUGCACGAGCCGGCCAGGCAAGCGUCGACGACGGUCAGGUCAAUGCUUCAAAUGCCUUUAGCCUGGGCAUUUCCGUUGUGAGUGUCCAGAAAGAUUCAAGUCUGAGUCCUCAACUUCUUCAAAUGAAGGUGAUGUCAGAUGGUGUUCUGUGUUCCAGAAGUUCAGGGAGGAUCCAUGUUAACGUUGGCGCGUUCGCAAACACAGAAGCAGAUAGUCCGGAAGAACUGGGAUUUGUGUUGAACUAUUUAAGUACGAAGCUUUUCAGUAUCACAGCACAAGACAGAAAUGGUGGAACUGUAACGGUUAUAGCAACAGGAGAAACCAGUGACCUCGUUACAAUCAAACAUACACAAAGUGGUACCUGGGGAGUUUUUCUGAAAAAGAAUCUAGAUAGAGAGACACAUUCACAACAUCUGUUAAGAUUCAUUGCAGCUAGCGUCGAAAAGGAUGCUCCUUCGUCCGCCUUAGAGGUAACCCUUUUUGUGAAUGACGUAAAUGAUGUCGCUCCUAAAUUCUCACAACCAGCGUACCAUAUCCAAGUUCCAGAGGAUCAUGAUUUAGCUGUUCCCAUCAAUAUCUCCAUCUCUGCUACCGACCCUGAUAAUGGACCCGGAGGAUCCGUGUCAUAUGAUAUGGAGGCAUCUGCACUGUAUGGAAAAACAUUCAUCAUAAAUCCACUAAAUGGACAAGUCACCCUAAAUCAACACCUUGAUUAUGAGAGAUUAACAUUCUAUCAGUAUAAACUGAUUGCUAAGGAUGGCGGAAAUCCUUCACUUACCAGUACGGCAGACUUAUUGAUUACUAUAUUAGAUGUUCAGGACACACCACCCAUUUUCCAGGGAUUACCAUACAUGACAACAAUUAAAGAAAACCAUUCUGUGGGGACAACUAUUUUCAGAGUUUUGGCUGUUGAUGGGGACACUGGUAUACCAAAUAAUAUAACAUACAGUUUUUCUUCAGGUAUUGAAAAGUCACACAACUUAAAUUUCUCUAAAUCAUUAUUAAACAUCAAUGCCUCAGAGGUUAUAGGUAAACCCACCAAUCUGACAGAGACAGUUAAACCAUUCACCAUCACCAUAGAAGAUGUCAAUGACAACAUACCAAUAUUUAAUCAAUCAACUUAUUAUGGCUCUGUAAAAGAAAACGUGACGGAUAUCCCCAUAACAAUAUCUGGGGAUGGACUUUAUGUUAAAGAUAUUGACCAGAUGGGAAGCAAUGAUAUCAAACUCCACGUUUAUACGAACGACAGUAAUAUACAAUUCAAUGAUAUUGUGGCUUCACCUAGUUUGGUGUCCUCUGAGGGGACUUUCCUGCUUCGUUUGACGAAUAACUUUACGUUUGAUUAUGAAAAACACUCAAUAAUUGAUUUAAUAAUAAAGGCAGAGGACAAGAAAGAUUCAAGUAUGUUCAGUGUCUGUACCGUACACGUUACAAUCAACGACACCAACGAUAACGAUCCUAUCUUCAAAAACACAUUGGAAAACUUCACUCUUCCUGAAAACAGCUCUUUCAACACAACAGUCACAGAGAUAAAGGCAACUGAUGCCGAUUCUGGGAAAUAUUCCGAAAUCACAUACCAUCUGCAAGGAAGCAACAGCAUCAACUCUAAGACUGGAGAAAUAUCAGUGGCAUGUAACAACAGUUGCUUGGACAGGGAAAGACAGAUAGUUUAUCAAAUGUCGGUUGAAGCAAGAGAUGGUGGAGGAAAGGUGUCGUCUGCUCCUGUAAAAAUAACACUCAUGGAUGUAAACGAUAACAGUCCGAUGUUUUUACAGCCAAAAUAUGAAUUUGGGAUUACGGAAAAUUCUUCAUUAAUAUCAGGAAUGAAUAACUUCACUGUACAUGCAGUUGAUUACGAUGAACCUCGCACAGCUAACAGUUUGAUUACCUACACCCUUCUUCCCCGACCAGACACCUUAGACAGACAUUUUACCAUUAACAGUACUACUGGGUCUAUCCGGAUCGUUAACCCUCUGACACGUGACCAGUUAUCCUUGAUCCCUAAUGGAAGACUGGAACUAGAGGUUACUGCGCAUGACAAUGGUUCUCCAAGUCUAACUUCAACUGUGUCUAUUACAGCUUUUUUACAGGCACAACUUCAGUCUUCCACAUCGAGUAAUUGUAAUAUCUCAAGUACAACGACAUCGGUGAAACCCACACAUUACGGGAGCACUUAUUCAGCAAACAGGAAUUUAGACGUGACCGUGAUGUUGAAGAUUUUACUGCACCGUGACUUCGUGAUAUGUCCUGUCAAAUCACCCAAAAUUGAGAUCAAUUUACAGAAUUUUGGUGUGGAAUUUUGA